GCGCCGCCUCCACCGCCCGAGGUCCGCGCGCUCCGCAGCAGGGUGCAGACCCCGGGCGCCCGCCCGGGUCUGGGGCGCAAGAGCAAGAGGCGGAGCCCGGGCGGAGCCAGAGCGCCCCGUCCACCCGUCACCCCCGGCAAUCGAAAGCGAAAGAGGGGGCCGGGAAGGAAGGGCGGGGCCGCCCGGAGGCCCCGCCCCCUGCCCUGCGCGGCUGCUGGACCCGCGGGCGCGCCCAGGUAAGGCGGCUCCGAGCGCGCAGUGCGGACCCUCGCGGGAACCUGCGCCGCCGCCACCAUGUCUCAAGAAGGUGUGGAGCUGGAGAAAAGCGUCCGGCGCCUCCGGGAGAAGUUUCAUGGGAAGGUAUCCUCCAAGAAGGCGGGGACUCUGAUGAAGAAAUUUGGCAGCGACCACACGGGAGUGGGGCGCUCCAUCGUGUACGGGGUAAAGCAGCAAGAUGGACAGGAACUGAGUAAUGACCUGGAUGCCCAGGACCCACCAGAGGAUAUGAAGCAGGACCAGGACAUCCAGGAUGUGGCGACCUCCCUCCUGCCACUGACAGAAGCCAACCUCCGCAUGUUCCAACGCGCCCAGGAAGACCUCAUUCCCGCCGUGGAUCGGCAGUUUGCCUGUUCCUCCUGUGACCAUGUCUGGUGGCGGCGCGUACCCCAGAGGAAGGAGGUGUCCCGGUGCAGGAAGUGUCGAAAGCGCUAUGAGCCAGUGCCAUGUGACAAGAUGUGGGGUGUGGCUGAGUUCCACUGCCCGAGGUGUCGGCACAACUUCCGGGGCUGGGCACAGAUGGGGUCCUCAUCCCCCUGCUACGGGUGCGGCUUCCCCGUGUAUCCAACACGGAUCCUCCCUCCACGCUGGGACCGGGACACCGACCGCCGCAGCACCCACACCCACUCCUGCUCGGCUGCCGAUUGCUACAACCGGCGAGAGCCCCACAUGCCUGGGACGUCCUGCGCACACCCCAAGAGCCGAAAGCAGAACCACCUGCCCAAAGUCCUGCACCCCAGCAACCCCCACAUCAGCAGUGGCUCCACUGUGGCCACCUGCCUGAGCCAGGGGGGCCUCCUGGAAGACCUGGACAACCUCAUCCUGGAGGACCUAAAGGAGGAACUGGAGGAAGAGGAGGAGGAGGGUGGGCACAGGGAGUGACCCCUGACAGGGGCAGAUGCAAGCCAGACACACUCUGUGGAGAUUUUGUGUUGUUAUAAAAUAUGAGCUCAAACUGCGAUCUAAACACCCUUCUGGAGCCAUUUGGGUCUGAGAUGCCAGCAGGGGGACUCCUGGGUCCCGUUUUCAGGGGGACAACAGGACAGACUGUGGGAUGCGGCCCCCGCUAAGUCACAAAGCAAGUGUGGCCAGGACAACUUGGGCUCCUGCUGACAAAUGUCCCCUGGGACCUGGGGGACAGACGGACGGAUGGUCACAGCUUCAGGGGCCGGAUCAGCAUGGCGGCCUUCUUGAGAGAGUAAGCCCCGCCACGAAACUCGGCCCAGUAGACGCCGUCUUGGUAGCGGCUGCGGUAAUGGCCACCACGGUGCCACACGCCGUUGAGGUUCGAGUGGGCACAGGCGUGGUACCACCAGCCUCCCCGAUGGUACAAGGCACAGUUACCUGAGGGGCGAGAAAACCCAUAUCCUGUCACCAAAAUAAAAGCCUCUACCACUGCC